AUGGACCAGGAAACGCUGCGGAAGCGAAUGUCACAAAUUGAGCUGGAAAUCGAUGAGAUGAAUCAAGUUAUUGACGAGAAUCUCCAGCUAGCAGAGCCGCAUGGGGACGAGCCGCCCGAGCAUGAAAAGAAGAAGAGAUGGGACAGCGGCACUAGCAAGGACCCGGAAACUGGACCGGAAGAGCCCGAAACGCAGCAGGUCAUCGAAGCCGAACUGUUUUUGCGGUCUGCGACUCGGCCAGUGCCUCCCUCGAUACCCGCUGCUACGGAGCUCGGGAAGGAGCAGCGCACAAAGCCUGCGCUGGAGAACGAGCCCACGCAUUCGGAACAUAUGAACCAGCCGCCAGCUGAGCGCGUACCGUUGGAACAAACGCCUUCCGAUGGUGGAGUGUCUCUAGCGCCAUCGCAAUACGUCGAUGCACCAGAGGCUGUUCCGGCGCAAUCAUCUUCUAAAAGCGAGGCUGCACCCGCUGAUAUAGGACUUAGAGAAACACAGCCCUUAAACGGUAUCUCCUCCCGCCAGGCAGGCUCUGUUGGCUCUGCGGGCUCGCCGCGCGAGUCGCAACCUUCGACAGAAACCGCAGAAACGCCCUCGAGCGAAGUGGACAGAGAACAGCCAGAUGAACAUCUACAACCACCCUCUGAAGAAUUUACUACGACGGCAUCUCGUGGGUUCAAGGCUGCGUCAAGGGAGGAUGCCCGCAAGGAAAUGCCGCAGCAAAGCACUCUUGGCAACAAUGAACCACAGGAGGCUAGUGCCGGCAUGUCCUUUGAUGAGAACAGUCCGUCGACGCAGUCAAGCGCGGGAUCCAAGCAACCGGUGAGCCCUGACUCCACUCAGUCGUCCCCACAACUGAACCUGCCCAAAACAAGAAACCCCGCAUUCCCCGGAAAGCGCGCUACUUCUAACCCCAAUCCCUUCAGAGUCGUUUCUGUCACAAGCAAGCAGACUGAAGACGUCUCUCCAGCGCAGAAACUACAAACACGCCACGACUACCUUGCCCGCAAGUGCAUCAAACUUCAACGCGAGAUACAGUAUCUGAGCGAUCUGCGCGAUCGUGGAGCCGUGGCUCCAGAAGAUGCGCGUAAGAUUAACUCUGCGCUAGAGAAGCUACAAGAAUACCUCGACCUCAAGACUAAAGAGCGCUACGAAAUAGGUGUCUUGCUGAGUAGACAGCUGCGGCGUGAGAUCGACCGCGGCGAGAACGGUCAGUUCUGGGUCGGUCAUUAG